AUGUCGCACAUCGGUACAGUCAAGCACAUCCCCAAGGAAGUGCGGUACAACUUCCUUCAGAUGGCUGCUCCUGCGUCAUACGUUGCAGGUUUGGGUCGAGGUGCAUCGGGUUUCACGACCAGAUCAGAUAUCGGUCCAGCUAGAGAAGGACCCUCGGCAGAGACUAUUGCUGAAGCACAAGCGAAGAGGGGUGAAGAAGUACCUGAUCCCGAGGCAUUACAAGAUCCAGACGACGAGAGGAAUUUGUUCGCUGGUACGGUGUAUGAAGCAGAUGACGAAGAGGCCGAUAGGAUUUGGGAGAGUGUUGAUGAACGUAUGGAUGCAAGGAGAAGGGCAAGAAGGGAAGCGGCUGAAGCUGAACAAGCAGCUAAAGAAAGAGCUCUCAACCCAAAACUUCAAACUCAAUUUGCCGACCUGAAAAGAAAUCUUUCGUCGUUGAAUGAUGCGGAUUGGGAUGCUAUACCCGAAGCUGGUAAUUUGACCGGUAAAAGGAGGAAACAUAAUAUGAGAUUGGAAGAAAAUCAAAAUGGUAGAAGUUAUGCUGUUAGUGAUACGGUGGUAGCAGAUUUGGCGAACAGGAAUAUGUUACUAGGUGAAUUGGAUAAGGCUCAACAGGAGAACGGCGGUUUCGAUACCCCUGCUGCGGACGGUACAAUGACAGAUUUCAUCGCUAUCGGUAAUGCGAGGGAUAAAGUGCUGUCUCUUCAACUUGAUCGAGCUUCGAAAGAUGCUGCAAAUGGUUCCUCAACAAGUGUCGACCCUAGAGGUUAUAUGACUGCGUUAAAUAGUCAGAUCGUACAGACGGAUGCGCAAAUUGGUGACAUCAAGCAAGCCCGACAAUUGCUACAGAAUCUUAUCCAGACCAAUCCCAAACAUGCUCCAGGCUGGAUCGCUGCUGCUGCUCUGGAAGUCCACGCCAAGAAGAUGGUAGCUGCUAGGAAGAUCAUUGCUGAGGGUUGCGAGAAAUGUCCAAAGAGUGAAGAUGUGUGGCUGAAUGCUGCUGAGUUGAACACUCCCGAAAAUGGCAAAGUGAUACUGGGUCGAGCUGUACAACAUGUGCCGCAGUCGGUGAAAGUAUGGCUUAAAGCUGCUUCUUUGGAAUCGGAUGUCAUGGCGAAGAAGAGAGUGUUACGAAAAGCGCUCGAAUUCAUUCCCAACUCUGUCAGAUUGUGGAAAGAAACCGUCAAUCUCGAAGACGAUCCGGAAGAUGCUCGAGUACUGCUCACUCGUGCAGUCGAAGUCAUACCUACGUCUGUCGAAUUAUGGCUCACCUUGGCGAGAUUGGAAACACCCGAGAACGCAAAACAAGUGCUCAACUCAGCGAGAAAACGUAUACCCACAUCACACGAAAUCUGGAUUGCAGCUGGGCGACUUGCCGAACAAUCACCUUCCGCUAUCGGAGAUGUCAAAUUGGAAGAUGAAGCUGAGAAAACCCGCAAACUGGCAGCUCAAGUUGAUAAACUCAUGGUUGGCGCUGUCAACUCGCUCAAGAAGAAUCAAGUCAUUUUGUCUAGAGAACAAUGGUUACAGGAAGCAGAAAGAUGUGAACAAGAUGGAAGUCCGCUUACUGCUCAGGCUAUCGUCAAAGCCACUAUUCACCAGGACGUGGAAGAGGAAGAUAGAAAGAACGUGUGGGUAGAAGAUGCCGAACGUGCUGCCAAAGGUGGUUUCUUCGAAGUGGCAAGGGCAUGCUAUGUGGUCGUCCUGGAGACUUUCCCUACUUCCCCUUCGGUAUGGAGAAAAGCAGCAGAGUUCGAAAAAGCUCACGGCUCACCGCAAGCUGUCCAGGAUAUACUGGCGAAAGGUGUACAGCAUUGUCCUCAGGCCGAAGUACUUUGGCUUAUGGCUGCCAAGGAGAAAUGGAUUGGAGGGGAUGUACCAGGUGCUCAAGCGAUCUUGUCAGAGGCGUUCAAGCAGAACGAAGAUUCCGAAUCAAUCUUCUUGGCUGCUGCUAAGCUCGCUGCUGAGACUGGUGAAAUGGACGCUGCAACGCAGAUAUUGGAGAAAGCUAGAGUACAAGCUGAUACCGAGAGGAUAUGGAUGAAAUCAGCUGUCUUACAGAGACAACUGGGUCAUUUGGAUGCUGCGCUCGAACUUCUCGAACAAGGAAUCAAGAAAUACCCCUCCUUCGAUAAAUUGCAUAUGAUCAGAGGGCAGAUACAUGAAUCUCGAAACGCAGUCGCCAACGCUCGAGCGGCUUACACUCAAGGCUGUCGAUCUUGUCCUAAAUCUAUACCGUUAUGGAUCUUAGCUGCCAGGUUAGAAGAGAAAGCUGGUAUAACUAUCAAAGCUAGAUCACUCUUGGAGUCUGCAAGGAUGAAGAACCCCAAAAACGACGAGCUGUGGGCGGAAAGUGUCAAGAUUGAAGAGAGGUCGGGUACUCAGCAGCAGGCUAAAGCUGUUUUGGCCAGAGCAAUGCAAGAAUGUCCGACAUCACCUAUACUCUGGUCCAUGGCUAUAUUCAUGGAACAGCCUCAACAGCGUAAAGGACGAUCGGUUGAUGCACUCAAGAAAGCCGGUGAACACCCUGCUGUGAUCUUAGCUGUAGCGCGAUUGUUCUGGGGAGAAAGGAAGAUUGAAAAGACAAGACAGUGGAUGCAGAAUGCCAUUACGGCUGAUGCGGAUUGGGGAGAUGCUUGGGGUUGGUGGUUCAAAUUUGAGAAACAGCAUGGUGAACCUGAACGACAAGAACUGGUGAUAGAGAAAUGUAUAGCUGCUGCACCUCAUCAUGGUCCGGUAUGGCAAGCUGUAUCCAAGGACUUGGCGAAUAUUGGUAAGACGACAAGGGAGAUUAUCGAAUUUGUAGCGGAGAAAUUAGAAUGA